AUGUCGGGUAGCCGUGGAAGGCAACCUCGAUCACAUCACUCUGCUGCUCGUGGUCGUGACAGUACUGGUAGUCGACGACAUGACUCUCCUUGUGGUGGUGGUUAUGACAGUACUAGUGGUCGACUGCACGACUUUGCCCAUGGCCAUGACAAUAUUGGUAGCCGGCCUCAGGACUCCAAUCCUAAUUACCGACAGCGACAGGGAUGUACACAGCUUACACCGUUGAGUGUUCGUGAUGCUGAGAACUUAGGUCGUGGAUACACUAGGAGUACUAGUGAUGUUGAAGAAGAUGAUGAUGGUACGCAACGCGACUCGAAUGUCGUAGAUACACCUCAUAGAUAUGGCGAUAAUAGGUUGUUUCUUGAGAAGUUCGGAAAAAAGUUUGCAUCCUAUCAGGUACAUCAUCAGAUUAGGCUUAUAUUUGAUCAAUUUUUGGAUGGAGCAUGGCCCACAUUUACUACACUUCUGCCUGCACUAUUUCAACAAAUGUUUCGUGCUUUUGGGAAAUACUAUCAGUGA